AGGUGUAGGAGCAGGAAAAACAAGCGGACCAAGCUGUAGCUGUGUGUGUUUACUGCUCACUGCUCACUGCUGUGGAGAAGACGCAGGAGAAGACGCAGGCUGCACAGUCAUCCAUCCAGGGCGGAGAAACAUCAGUGGAUGCAGAGAGGAAGAAGAGGAGGAGGAGGAGGAUGCUGAUUAUACCGACAGAGAGGGAGAAUUAUUAGAUGGUUGCUACUAGAAUCAAUCCUAAACUAUAAAGUGGAAUAAUUUUGCAGCAGCGAUGGACUCCAUCUGUCUUCACUGAGGCUCCCAGUUCUCCAGUUCUUCUGAUGACCAAAGGCCCUCAUGGCGCUCGUCAUUGAAUCUCGUGCCCCCUCUCCUUCUCUCUCCGGCUUCAACAGUCCCCUCUCUGAUCCUCCAUCCUUUCGUCGCCUCGAUGCCGAAACACCCUGCACCCCAGAAAUGGACCUUACCCCGACCCAGUGCGUCCUCCGCAACGUCCUCUCCAUACACACCGGAGGUGCAGUGGACUCCGGGGGAGGAGAAGGAGGAGGAGGAGGAGGAGGAGGAGAGGGGCAGACUGCCGGGCACAACCAGACGCCAGGCGAGGAACAACAGGAGCACUUUGCCAAUAGUGUCCUGAAGCUCCACGAGCAUGAUGGGACUCCAGGAAGGACGGAGGGAGAGGGGCAGGAGAUGGACAGCAGCGCGGUCAGGAGCCACGCGGGUGACGCCAGGCUGCAGUGCCAGUCUACCGGAGGGGGAGGAGGGUUUCUGGAGGGGUUGUUUGGGUGUCUGCGGCCUGUCUGGACUAUGAUUGGCAAAGCUUACUCCACAGAGCACAAACACGGCCUGGACGAGGCGUGGGAGAUCCCAUUCGAGGAGAUAUCUGACCUGCAGUGGGUGGGCAGCGGAGCCCAGGGCGCCGUCUUUCUGGGCAAACUGUACGGACAGGAAGUGGCUGUCAAAAAAGUGCGGAACAUCAAAGAGACCGACAUCAAGCACCUGCGCAAGCUCAAACACCCGAACAUCAUCACUUUCAAGGGUAUUUGCACCCAGGCUCCAUGUUACUGCAUCAUCAUGGAGUACUGUGCCCAGGGACAGCUGUAUGAGGUGCUGAGAGCAGGCAGGCAGAUCCAUCCAUCCCUGCUCAUGGACUGGGCCAUGGGCGUUGCUGGAGGCAUGAACUACCUUCACCUCCACAAGAUCAUCCACAGAGACCUUAAGUCACCAAACAUACUGAUCACUUACGAUGACGCAGUGAAGAUUUCUGAUUUCGGCACGUCCAAGGAGCUCAGCGACAAGAGCACCAAGAUGUCCUUUGCCGGUACGGUGGCCUGGAUGGCUCCUGAGGUCAUACGCAACGAACCCGUCUCAGAGAAAGUGGAUAUUUGGUCGUUCGGUGUCGUGCUGUGGGAGAUGCUGACAGGAGAGGUCCCCUAUAAGGACGUGGACUCCUCUGCUAUCAUCUGGGGGGUGGGCAACAACAGUCUGCAUCUGCCUGUACCUGACAGCUGCCCAGACAGCUUCAAACUGCUCCUGAGGCAAUGCUGGAACUGCAAGACAAGAAACAGGCCUUCCUUCAGACAGAUUCUCCUGCAUCUGGACAUCGCCUCAGCAGAUAUCCUGUCGACUCCACAAGAAACCUACUUUCAGUCUCAGGCGGAAUGGAGGGACGAGGUGAGGCAACACUUUGAGCAGAUCAAGUCUGAGGGGACGUGUCUCCACCGGCUGGACGAGGAGCUGAUCAAACGACGCAGAGAAGAACUCAGACAUGCACUGGACAUCCGGGAGCACUACGAGAGGAAACUGGAGCGAGCCAACAAUCUCUACAUGGAGCUCAACGCCAUCAUGCUGCAGCUGGAGAUCAAAGAGAAAGAACUGCACAAGAGGGAGCAGUCACUGGACAAGAAGUACCCGGGCGUCUUCAAGCACCACAGCUCCAGACAGUCGGCCUCCUCCAACUCCAUGGAGAAGCUCAUGAAGAAACGCAACGUACCUCAGAAGCUGCCUUCGUACAGCAAGAGGCCAGACUUACUAAAGUCAGAGGUCAUCCUCCCCAAACUGGACUCUUCCAUGACCCAGGUCACAAUCCCUAACAAGGGCUCUACCUCCCCCGGCCGCUCACGCCGAGGAAAACCCCGCUACAGGAAGGCUGGUAAAGGCAGCAGCGGGGACUUGGCUCAGCUGAAAGCCACUCUCUCCUCGUCAUUAGCCAUGGUCAACGCCACCUCAUCGGUUCCAAACAGCAAGCAGCUUUUAGACCCCAGUGCAGCCCUCAGGGGCCUGCAGCACGAUCUGCUGCUCAAGAAGAUGUACUCCUCGAGCCCAGAUCUCAUUUCAACCACGUUGGAAGCUGAAAACCGGAGGAAGGGGCAGGACAGGCCGGGGCUGGACCGAGCGGGCAGCCAGAGCGCCUCAGCCGGGCUGGGGGAGAGUAGAAGGACUGGAGAGCCCGAGGAGGGGCCGGAUGUGGGUGUAGGGGCCGACGACCAGGCAGAAACACCUCCACGCAGUGACACGCCCAGCGAGGAUGCAGCUUCUAUCCCGUUCUCCAGUAGCCCCGACUCGCCUUGCGGCAGGGGAGCAGCCGCAGGGAGGGCGUCCGUGCUCGGGAACCCCCGUGUUCCCCACGAGGGCGAGGAGAAGGAGGAAGGGCCGGUGAUCACACGCUCACCCAGAAGUCAACGCCUCACUCCGGCAGCACUGCUCUACAGGGCAGCAGUCACACGCAGCCAGAGACGUGGACAGUCGUCAGAGGAAGAGGAAGGAGAAGUGGACAGUGAAGUGGAGUUGCCAAGGAGACGGCGUCCCGCGAGCAUGAGCAAGUGCCAGUCCCUGUCCACCUUCAGCUCAGAGAACUUGUCGGUCUCGGACGGCGAGGAGGGAAACACCACCGACCACUCCCACAGCGGAACGCCGGACGUGGUCAGCACCAACACCGACGAGCGUCUGGACGACAAGAGCGACGACCUGCUGUCUCAGGGCUCGGAGAUCCCCGCCGACCCGUCCGACCCGACCCAGCUGGCCUCUGACGGGUUGUCUGAGAAGGAAGCUAUUCUCCGACAAGUCAAGACCCAGCUCGCUAGUAAUGACCAUAACUAUGAGGGCCUGUACGAUGACUCGGACUGUGACAGCGCAGAGCUGGACCAUUCAGGCAGUGCAGAGCCCAGCCAACCUCCAGCCAACUGGUGAAAAUCUAUCUUGACACCUCAGCCCACUCAAACUCCUGCAGAUCUGGCCUGUGAAUGCCUCUUUUAUUCUAACAGACCUACGAAUACACAGAGUUAUGAUCAGGGACAUUACAGAGAAGCAGGAAAUGAAGGCGUCAUCCCAAGCAGGAACAAAAAAACAAACCCUUUGGUGAGUGUUCUCAAAAACCUGAUAUCCUUGGGGGGGAAAAAACCCAGAACAUCCCAUUUAAUUUGAGAUAAAUGCAUCAAACUGAAUUGGGGCGCUGGCAGAGCUGACGGAGCAGCAGCCGCCGCCAUAGCAACCGGCCCAAGAUCAGCUUUGCAAAAAACACCUCAACAGCAGAGGCCUCGGUCAAAGAAGCCAUCCACACAACCGUCUAUUAGUGUCAUCUUCCGUGUCGAUUUGUAUUUUUUAAUCUCCGUUAUGAAAAUGUGUCACGUUAUUUCACAUUGUGUCAUAUGAGAACAUGAUUAUAAGAUCCUAUCAGGGCGUCAUUAUAUUUUAAUGUUUCUACUGUCAGCAUCACUGCUGCGUGCACUUAAUUUAUGAAAUGUACUGAUUUCCUCGUGAUCAUCGUGUCAUAUUGCAUUUCCUCUCAAAACGUUGUGCACUGACUAAUUUAAUGUUAUUUUACAGUGAAUCCAUUGACAUUCUUUAAAAAAAAAAAACCACAAUGUUUACAUUUUUCAUUUGUUGUUUACAUUUUUUAUUUAUAUUCGUGUCAUGGAUUAUGUUUCCAUUUUCUACACCUGCGUUUUAAUAUCUAUGUAAAUAUGUGAUGUUGUAAAAUGAACAAAUUUUUAAAACGUGAGAUUGUAUAAUUUAAAGGUGCUGAUGUUUCUAAUUAGGUGGCGCUACUCUGUUUGAACCUCAAAAAAAGCUUCUGGUAGUAGAAUGUACUGUAGCUGCCGUUCAUGUCUCAAGCAUUAAAAACACAGACAAAAGAGGAACGUGUGAACAAAGAAAAAGCAAUAUGUCUGCUCUGGGUCAGUAUGUCCCGUCAUGUCACAGGUCAAAGGAACCACAGCUGAGUUCAUUCAGGGCAGAUGGGCUUUUUUUAUUAGUAGUAUUGCAGUGUUUACUGUAUUAAAACGCAAUACCAGUUUGAGAAUCCCUUUUUUGGUCAUCUAGGGGUGUAUAUAGCAUCAGAAAAGCAUGCUUGUGAUAAAGUAUGGAUGGCCUAUUGGUCACUGUUUGUGACUCAGAUCAAAUUUAAAUAUCCAUAGAUCCAUCCGUAGAGAAAAACAAUGCAACAAAAGAAAGACUGCAGAUUGAAGGCAUCUGGAUGACAGGGACACAAAACACCAAAAAUAGAUCUCAAAUAACUGCAAAAUAUGACUUUACUUUCAUGGUUUUUGCCAGACUUGUGGCCACACUAUGUUUGCAACGUACCAGCACAGAAGGGAGAUGAGGGGGAAACUUAACAAUCAAGUAUUGUUUUAUCACAAAGAAAUCACAGGCUCAUCUGUGACGGAAGAUGACAAAAGUUAUCUUUAGCUCACUCAAUAACAGGGGUGUAAAUCACAAGUUUCAUCACGAUACAAUAUCUCAAUUCUUUGGACAACGAUACGAUAUUUGCUGAUAUCACAAAGUGAUAUCGAUACCAUUUCAGUUUGAUUCAAUUCAGGAGCCUGCGAUCGAGAUAAUAUUGUAUCGCUAGUUAACACAUCAGUUACAUUUAUAUUAACUCACGAAAAGCAACUAAGACAUGAUUUGACAAUUUUAUUACUGAGAUUUGUAGGAAGGAGAUGCGCUUGGACAGAAAUGGAGACACAGACGUGCCAUGGGAAUUUUAAAAUAAAGGCGUAUCGCAAAGAUGAUACGUAUCAAUGUUUUCACUUUGCAUCAAUGAUAUUGGAUCGUCGAUCAUUGAAACGAUAUAUCAAAGGAUCACUGGACCCCAAUUUAGCAUUUUUAAAAACCACUCUUAAAAUCUGUACGCACCUAAAAAUGAGGUCUGUUAUAUAACAAUUUGUCCACAUUUAUUCCCACUUCUCCCUCCAACAUAGCAGAUUCAUUUGGAUGAAGCUUUACAAGCCCAUAAUGUGGUUCAUCGGUUCACAGAAAGGUCUGAUAUUGUCCUCACCAGCUGAAAUUUUGGCUAACAGAUGGUAUUUUCUCACUAAUGUGCAUAACAGACAGUAUGAUACAUGAAACUCUGGUUUUGAUGUACUUGUGUCCCUUGACAAGCCUUCUUGCGUGCACAUGAUUCAAGCUUACUGUACAGCAGCACAUCCUGUUCCACUAGUUAAUGACUGAUCAGGU